AUGAGAAAAUACGGCGUCCACCACCGACUGUCCACACCCUACCACCCCCAGACGAAUGGCCAAGCCGAAGUGUCCAACCAGGAGAUCAAGGCGAUCUUAGAAAAGAUGGUGAAUCCAACGAGGAAGGACUGGAGCCGCCGACUAGAGGACAGGCUCUGGGCAUACAGGACCGCCUUCAAAACGCCGAUCGGAAUGUCCCUUUACCAUCUGUUAUUUGGGAAGAUGUGCCAUUUACAGGUAGGAAUUGAGCAUCAAGCCUUCUGGGUUGUCAGGGAGAUGAAUUUGAAUGCUGAGGCCUGCACUGAAGAGAGGAAGUUAUAG